AUGUCGACCAAACACUUCAUCAACGAUCCCACCAAGCUGGUCAACUCGGCCCUUCACAGCCUGACCCUCACGAACCCGAGCCUCGCCCUCGACAAGUCCAACAAGAUCAUCUAUCGCCGGCCGGACCCCAAUGCCGCCGCGCAGGUCUCGGUCAUCUCGGGCGGCGGCUCAGGCCACGAGCCUUCCUUCUCCGCCAUGGUCGGCCAGGGCCUCCUCUCCGCUGCCGUCGCCGGCACCAUCUUCGCCAGCCCUAGCGCCGAGCAGGUGCGAACCGCCAUCGCCUCGCGCGUCGACACCGCCCAGGGUGUCCUCGUCACCGUCAUGAACUACACCGGCGAUGUGCUCAACUUCGGCAUGGCUGUUGAGAAGGCCCGCGCCGCCGGCCUCCCCGUCGAGAUGGUCGUCGUCGGUGACGACGUCGGUGUCGGCCGCACCAAGGCAGGCAAGGUCGGCCGCCGCGGCAUCGCCGGCACCGUCCUCGUCCACAAGAUCGCCGGCGCAUUGGCCGCCCAGGGCAGGCCGUUGGCCGACGUCGCAAAGGUCGCCCGCCUGACCGCCGAGAACCUCGUCAGCGUCGGCGCGAGUCUGGAGCAUGUGCACGUCCCCGGGCGCGCCAUCCCGAGCGGCGAGGACGAAGGCACCUUGCGCCUCGGCGAGGCCGAGCUCGGCAUGGGCAUUCACAACGAGCCCGGCUCCGGUCGGGAGAAGGCUGACCUGCCGGGCCUGGUGGGCAAGAUGCUCGCGCAGCUGCUGGACCAGGGCGAUGAAGAUCGCGCGUUUUUGAAUGUCAACUCGAACGAGGUCGUGCUCUUGAUCAAUAACCUCGGCGGCGUGAGCGCGUUGGAGCUGGGCGGCAUCACGGCCGAGGUCGCCUCGCAGCUGGAGAACAGCUACGGCAUCCGCCCCGUCCGAGUUUUGAGCGGGACGUACAUGACCAGCCUCAACGGCCUCGGGUUCAGCAUCUCGCUGCUCAACGUUGUCAACACAGACAUCGGAGGUCCCAGCAUGAUCCAGCUGCUGGACUUCCCCACAGAGGCCACCGGUUGGUCGUCUCCUAUCCUCAAGGAGACUUGGGAGGCCAAGAACGAGGCCACGAGGGAGCAGGAGGCGGAUGCCGGCCAGACGACCAAGCCCAGCGACCUCAAGUACGACGCUGCUGCCGCCACCAAGGGCAUCACGGCCGCCCUCCAAAGGGUCAUUGCGGCCGAGCCCGAGAUCACAAAGUACGACACCGUCGUCGGCGACGGCGACUGCGGCAUCGGUCUGAAGAGAGGAGCCGAAGCCAUCCUCAAGCACAUCUCGCAGAAGCCCUUGACGGGCGAUGCCGUCGUCGACCUCGCCUCCGCGGUCCCCGUGGUGGAGAACACCAUGGACGGCACCUCGGGCGCACUGUACGCCAUCUUCCUCAACGCCCUCACCGGUGCUCUGCGAAGCCUCGCCCCCGGCGCAGCCGAUCCGGGCGUCUGGGCUGCCGCCCUGAAGCAGAGCAGCGACGCCAUGUCGCGGUACACACCCGCGCGUCCGGGCGAUCGUACUCUCGUCGACGCGCUGUACCCCUUCGUCGACGUGCUCGGGCAGACGGGCGACGUGAAGAAGGCCGCCGAGGCGGCGCGGGCGGGCGCCGAGAGGACCAAGGGCAUGAAGGCCAGCCUGGGCCGGACCGUCUACAUCGGCGGCUCGGGCUUUGAGCAGGUGCCCGACCCCGGCGCGUGGGGUCUGAGCUGCUUCUUUGCCGGUUUGGCGGGCCUCGAGGGCGAGGACGGCUGGGAGAAGCUGUAA